AUGUCGGGCACGGUCGACGGCGAGCUCCUGCGUCGGGACGUCCAUGCGGCAGGGGACUUGGCGCGGGGGAGCUCUAGGAUGAGCGGGACGCGGGGAUGGACGCGGGAGGACGGAUCCAUCCGUCUCCCGGCUGGGCCUGGUGCAAACGGCGGCGAGGGAGCUGCGGCCAUCCAUGGUUGUGCCUGCCGGACCGGGGCAACUGGGCCGAAGCCCAGCCAGCCGGCCCAGCCCAGCCGCACCGCCUUCCUCCGCCCGAGCAGGAGACCGCCGCCGCCACGACAUCGCCGCCACCGCUGUGUCCUUCGAGGACACCGCGCCCCGCCGCCUUUGCCUUGCCCCGCCUCCACGCCUCGCCUCCGCCUUAAAUACAGGGCCCCUCGAGCCCCGCGACGCCUUGAGCCACCGCCGCCCUCGCAUCUCGCGCCGCCGCCGCAGAUCCCGCCGCCGCCGCUGCAAAGCCGUGCCGCCUUGCCGCGCCUUGCCGCCGCCUCCGCCGCCCCGCGUAGCCACUGCCUGCACCGCUAG